GCGGGUAACCCAUCGUGUGAAGGGGAAAGAAGAGGUUAUAGGUGGACACCGAGAAGCUGUCAAGAUGAAGGAGGAGGACUACGAUCGGAUUGUGUUGGCGUAUUUGAAGAGGAAGGGAUAUAAAAAUGCAGAGGCAGCAUUGAAGGAGGAAUCGAAAACGCAGCCUCUGUCGGAAGCGGCAGGAGACCGCCAGCUGAGUCUGGACACCAGCAUCGCUAAUCACAUUUACUUUUUCAGCAGAUCAGACAACGGACCUGGCAAAUACAAGGAAAACUAUGGCAGGCUGCGGUCUUGGGUUCAGAGCUCACUCGACCUGUACAAAAAUGAGCUCUUGCGCAUUCUCUACCCUGUUUUUGUGCACUGCUUCCUGGAGUUGGUAUCGAAAGGGCAGUCGGCAGAAGCACGAGCAUUCUUCCAAGCCUACCGCGAGGACCAUGAGCGGCUGCAUAUCAGGGACCUGCAGAAGCUGGAGGGAGUGACGUGCCCAUCACAUCUGCAGGAGACUGAUCUUGCGAAAACUUUCUUGGAAAACAAAGUCAACGUGAAGCUUUGCCAGUAUUCGUUUCAGCUCCUCCUGACAUUUCUACAUGGCUCAGACUGCAUGCUGCUACUUGGAAUCGUCAAUGAGCACAUCAAUCUCCAAG